CUUCAUUUCUGGAUAUAUUUUUAUAUGGUUAAAGAAUGCAUGUUGGUGCUUUGUAGAAUCACUUACUCUGUCUUUAUGAUUUAGACCAAUUAUCUACAGAGAAUGCCAGAGCUACAGUGAUCACUGAACUUUUCACCAGGACUACAACUUCUCUGGGACUAAUAUAAGGCACAGAAGUGGCAUUCUGUGUUUUUAAAGCUGAUAAAACUGCUCUAACAGCUUUUGUUUUAUCUGAUUGUUUAUCAGAUAAUUUCUGUUUAUAAAUUCCUGCACACCUUUGCUGCAAUCUCUCGUGUUCUGACUGAGAGUGUAUUUCAAAGAAUCUGGAAAGAUAGAUCUGAGCAUACACAAUUACAUCGGAAAAUGGAUCCCUUCAACAUCCAUAUACUGAUUAAAUUUCUGGCGUUAAUUUUCAUUCUGGCAUUUUGCUUUUUUUUAUCUAUAAACAUUUUUAAGGAUAAAAAUGACAUAACGUCUGUCAAAUAUCAAAAGCCAACAAAGGAAACCAAAAAGGCAGAAAGGAAAUCUUCUCUAGAACCUCAAUAUCUAACAGUAUUGCUUUGGAAUUGGCCAUUUGGAGUGAGAUUUGACUUGGAUGUCUGUUUAAGUAAAUAUGGAAUUUCCAACUGCCGUGUUACUGCAGACCACAGUAUGUAUGACACUGCAGAUGCCGUUGUGUUUCAUUAUUCAGAUCUUAAUGGUAAUCCAAACAAUUUACCACAGAGAAAGCGUCCUGGAAAGCAAUAUUGGGUUUGGUACAAUAUGGAACCUCCUGAGAAUUGUGGAGGCCUUGAGAAGUUUAACAGUAUGUUCAAUCUGUCGCUGUCUUACAGAAAAGAUUCUGAUAUCUUUAUUCCAUAUGGAUACCUUCAGUUUGUUGCAGAGCCACAAGAUUAUAUGAUUCCUAUUAAAUCUAAACUGGCAGCAUGGGUUGUCAGCAACUGGAACCCAAAUUUGGAGCGAGUCAAAUACUAUGAAAAAUUAAAAAAAUACCUUACCAUUGAUAUCUACGGAAAGCAUCAUAUGCCAAUUGAAAAGAAUGAUCAUUAUUCCAUAAUUUAUCAGUACAAGUUCUACUUUGCAUUUGAAAGCUCAUUACAUACAGACUAUAUAACUGAAAAGUUAUUUGGCAAUUCAUUUAAUACUGGCACAGUUCCUGUUGUUAUGGGUCCACCACGAGAAAUUUAUGAGCAGUUUAUUCCUCCCAAUUCCUUUAUUCAUGUAGAUGACUUCAAAACAGCAGAAGAUCUUGCUAACUAUUUAAAAUACUUGGAUCAGAAUGAUGAAGUCUACAGGAGUUAUUUCAUCUGGAGAAAACACUACAGAGUUGUAAGCAAUGAUGUAUAUUCCAAACCUUGUUGUGCAGUUUGUGAUAAAAUUGCUGGUAUCAAUAGAAGCUUCAGAGUGGUUACAAAUCUGCACAAGUGGUUCUGGAGUUAGAAGCGAGUAGAUAGAUAGAUAAAGAUAUAUAUAUAUAUAUAUAUAU